GGCCUAAAGUUUAGGCCGGUGAACAAAGCAGACAGUCAGGGACUCAGGGGACCACAUAAAAACAGAGUUGAUUAUUAUUGUCCUCAAGUUUAAGGCUUUGCUCUGUUGUUUGGAAGCAGCGAAAGAUGGUUUACACUGCUGGAGGGAAGAAGAAAAAUGACAGUGCUUUGGCAGCAGCACUACCCAAGAGGAAAUCAUCAAAAAUGAAGAAGCAACGGGAAAUGCAGGAAGGCUUCAAACGCUUGAAAGAGGAGAUGGAGGAUAUUAGUAAAGAAAUAAGUUCAAGUGUUACUCCGAAAAAGGGCAGUGGCUCAUGGCUUCAGUUUGGGGCAGAAGUGGAAAAGCUUGAAGAGGAAGUGGCAGUGAAGAGGGCAGAGACAAGACUCUUGAGACAGCAGGUAAUGGAAGCAGAAACCAAACUCGAAGCCAGCGAGAAAAAGGCUACUGAACUAAGGAUGCUUAACGCCCUGCUUUUCCUCGAGAAUCAACGUGAGCAGAGUCUUGUUAAUGAUUUGACACGCCGUUUUCUGGGUUGAAAUUCUGCUGUGGAGAAAGAAGAACAAAGAAUAAAAUUUCUAGAGUUGGAUUUGAUUGUCUUAAUAUUUGCCUUUAUGUUAUCUAAUGCCGUCCAAGGUUUUCUAUGGUUUAAUUUUGUUAUGUUCUCCUCUUUCUAGCAACAAUACAUGUAUAGUAUUGAAAUAAAACUCCAAGGCUUCAUUUGGAUUCUACCGGAGCCGCGGUGAGGUGCGAAUAACACUUAAAAGUCCACUUAGCAUUCGUUUGGAUAGUAUCCCUCACGACGGUAACUUUUAGACCUCACUGGAGCUAAAAUAUUAACUGAACUCUUGCUUUUUUCACCGUCACUCUGUUCCA